AUGGGGAACAAAAGUAAAGAAAAACGAAAGGCUAGAAAGCGUCAGCUCUCCAACUCGAAAACCAACGAAGAUCUGGAAGUCAUUGAAGUGUCUCUUCAAAAGAAACGUCUUCUAGAUGAUUGUUCUGACAUUGUUAAAACGGGUCAUGCUGAGUCGGGAGAGAAAGAGAAACCAUUGGAGAUUCUACCGACUCGCGAAUUACUAGGAAACCAGUUAGUUGCUGCUAUUAGGAAUCAUCAUUUUGCAAUUAUUGACGGCCCACUUGGAAGUGGAAAAACCUUUUUGGGACGAUAUGCUGCCAGCAAGCUUAAUUUACCACUACAUAUCAUGCAAAUGGGCGAUCAGAUUGAUUCAAAAACGUUAUUUGGAUCAUACCAUUGCACAGAAGUGGCCGGACAGUUUGUUUGGAAAGAAUCAACGUUUGCAAAAUGGCUUCAAAAUCCUGGAAUAAUUCUAUUAGAAGACAUUGAUGCUGCAAACGCAGAUGUGAUCUCAAAGAUUGUAGAUAUUGCCACUCACCGUCAAACGGAUGCAUCAAAUUCUGAAAAGAAUUCUCAUUUUCACAGUGAUGUUCGAAUUAUUUCCACUAUGUCGGGUAAAGGAAAGAAAGCAGCAGUUUUGGACGGUGUUCCAAUGCGAAUCCGCGUUGAACAGCUUUCGGAUGAUGAACUGAAAAGAUUAGCAUCGAAGGCAUUUCCUAGAAUUGCACACCUCGCUCGAACACUCAUUUCUACAUUCCGAAAGAUCGAAAGUGUGCCGGGAACUGGAAAUUCGAGACAAAUGACCUCGACGGACUUUUUGCGUGGAUGUGCUCGCUUGGCUCUUCUUCCUGAUAUUUCUGCUAAUGUAGAAAGCUUUGCAGAACUUAUCGAUGUCUGGUGUCUGGCUGAUCCGAAACAAAGAUCUUCUCCACUUUGUAAUAUUAUCGCUGCUUCGUUGAAUGUAAAUCCAGAUCGUGUUCAUACGCAUCUUUCUGUUCGCCAACCCGAAGUCAAAUAUGAUGAGCAAGUUGUCGCUGUUGGAAGAGCUAGCCUACCCAGAAAAAUGUCAAUGAUUAAAACUGGAAAACACAGACUAGGUCACACGAGAGAUGUUGUUCAAUUAAUGGAACGGAUUGUUGUCUGUGUUUCCCAUAACGAACCUCUGCUUCUGGUGGGAGAAACUGGAGUCGGAAAGACAUCAGUCGUGCAAGCAGUGGCUGAUCUUAUCGGUGUAACACUCGAUGUGGUAAACGUCAGUCCGACUUCAGAUUCCGAUGAGCUCAUUCAAGGAUAUAAGCCAACGACAAUAGGCCGAUUGAUGGAGCCUUUUACAAAAUUUUAUAUGGAUGUCUUUACGAAAAACUUCGAUUCCAAAAGCAAUCAAAAGUUUAUUGAUAAUCUGGAAAAGUGCUUGUCUUCUGGAAGAUUCAAAGAUUAUUUGAGUUUGGUGGAAGCAACCGCAAACAAAGCUCUUCAAAGAAAAGGAACGAAUAAAGAUGAGAGAUGGGCAGAAUUGUUAGUUCGUGCUAGACAAAUCAAAGAUGGUCUCGAGAAAGGAGCGGCUCCGUUCGCACUUCAGAAAGGAGCAGUUUUGGAAGCUGCUGAAAAAGGUCAUUGGCUUCUUGUGGACGAGAUCAAUUUGGCUCCUCCUGAAUGUCUUGAUGCAAUUGUUCAUGCAUUAUCCGCAUCUGGAACACAUCCGAAUUUCCGUUUGUUUGCUUGUAUGAAUCCAGCUACAGAUGCCGGUAAAAGACGGCUUCCUCCAGGUGUGAGAACCAGAUUCACAGAGUUCUUCGUUUCGGAAACAGCUGAUCCAUUCCAACUUGCUCUCAUUGUUUCGGCUUAUCUUCCAACUGUUUCUCAGCCAUUCGUUGAAAAUCUCGUGAAUUUUUAUCUCUCCGCCAAACAACUCUACCCUUCAAGUUAUUCACUCCGAACACUCUGCCGUGCACUACUUUUCACUGCUGAUAAUAUGUUCGGAAGUGUUGAUCAAUCUGUCUACGAAGCAGUCUCUAUGGCUUUUCUCACGAAUUUGGAAAAUGAAGAAAAAGGAGUGAUGAAAUCCAAAAUUCAAGCAGCUUUCAGAUGCAAAGUGGGAGUGAUGCCAGCUCCAAAAGAACUCCAUAAUUAUGUGAAAAUUGGUGGAUACUAUGUCGAAAAAGGAACAUUCCUACCAGAAAGCGAUCCGAAAUAUGUGAUCACAAAAACUGUCAAAGGAAAUUUAGCUGAAAUCGCACGUAUCGUUUGCAGUGGACGAUUUCCAAUUUUACUCGAAGGAGAGACCUCAGCAGGAAAAACAUCGAUUGUGUGUCACUUGGCAAAAGCUACAGGAAACAAAAUUGUCAGGAUUAACAACCAUGAACACACCGAUGUGCAAGAGUAUAUGGGUUCUUACGUAGCCGAUUCUGGAGGUAGACUUGUUUUCCGUGAAGGAGCACUUGUUCAAGCUGUACGUGAUGGUUCAUGGGUCAUCCUUGAUGAACUGAAUUUGGCCCCAACUGAUGUUAUCGAAGCACUGAAUAGACUGCUCGACGACAAUCGUGAGCUUUUCGUUCCGGAAAUAAAUGAAACUAUCAAAGCUCAUCCCAGAUUCCGACUUUUUGCCACGCAGAAUCCUGCUGGAUCCUAUGCUGGUAGAAAACGACUGUCUAGAGCCCUCAUGUCACGUUUCAUUGUUCUUCGAUUCCACCAUUUGCCUAUUGAUGAGUUAUCCGAAAUGGUACGGGCCAGAUGUGGCAUUUCACCGAACGCUUCCUUAAAAAUGAUUGAAGUUUUGAAUGAACUGAGAAAUCGAAGAAGCCUGUCAGGUCUUUUCUCUGCUAGAGAUGGUCUAAUGACUUUGAGAGAUGUCUUCCGAUGGGCUAAACGAUUGAGCACAGAUGAAACUACGGACGAUUGGCUGCAAAUUCUAGUGAAUCACGGAUAUUUCUUAUUGGCAGGAAGAUGCAGAAAUGAGAAAGAUGAGAUUACAGUAGUGGAAACACUUGAAAAAGUAAUCAAAAGAAAGAUUGACAAAGAAGCUUUGUUCUCUCUCAAUUCUCCGUAUAUGCCGACUGAUGUGAUAACCGAGAAAGUGGUGAUGACACUUGGAAUGAGAAGAAUGUUGGUUCUAACGGAACAAGCAUGGAUUCGAAAUGAAGCAGUUUUGAUGGUUGGAGAAACUGGAGGUGGAAAGACAACACUUUCUGAAUUAGUUGGAAGAGGAAAACUCCGGAGCAUUAAUUGCCACGAAAGAACUGAAACUGCUGAUCUUCUUGGAAGACUUCGUCCGAAACAUGAUGGAGGAUUUGAAUGGUCAGAUGGAGUUGUGAUAAGUGCGAUGAGAGACGGAGUUCCAUUGCUCGUUGACGAAAUUUCGCUAGCUGAAGACUCCGUAUUAGAACGGCUCAAUCCUUUGUUCGAAGAAGAUCGAGCUCUAUUACUCUCCGAUGCAGGAACUGAAACGGAAGUUGUUGAAUCGAAAUCUGGUUUCCAAAUGAUUGCCACUAUGAAUCCAGGAGGAGAUUAUGGAAAGAAAGAGCUCUCGAAGGCUUUGCGAAACAGAUUCACAGAAGUAUGGACAUCAAGUGACUAUACAACUUCCGAACUCAUUACAAUUUUCGAUCAGAGACUUGCUAGAGUGGACGCAACCAAAGAAGAAGCUAGAGUCACUCCAACUAGAACAGCAACUUCAAUCGUGUCAUGGAUUUCUCAGUUUUUUGGAAAGUAUGCUCAUGUAUUCAGACACGCUCCAUCCGUUCGUGAUGUUGUUGCUUGUGCAGAGCUCUAUGCUUCGGCGAUCAACGCACAGAUUGAAAGUCCAAUUGCUAUUAAAGAUGCUCUUUGUGCUGUAUUUUUGGAUUCUCUUGCCGGUUUAACUACACGUCUUCAUAUCGAUCCGAUUGAAGUGUUCGAUGAUGCACUCACUAUGCUCCACAAUGAACUUGUCAAAACCGAACUUCUAAGUCAACUCUCCGAUGUUCAUCAAUUCAUCCAGGAAGCCAAGAAAGAAGCAGUGAUUGAUCAAGCAUCUAAUCAUUUGAAUGUUGGCCACCUCCGUAUUUCAUUCGGUCCGAUUGUUCCGAAAAUUCCUAAGGCGUUCUCUUUGAAAGCACCAACCUGCACUGAGAACUUCUAUAGAAUUGCGAGAGGUCUGCUAAUUAGUAAACCUAUUCUUCUCGAAGGAGCACCUGGAUGUGGAAAAUCGUCUACUGUAAUGGCUCUUGCUCAACUUACUGGAAAUCCAAUCACUCGUCUCAAUCUUAGUGAUCAAACCGAUUUAUCAGAUCUGUUCGGUAGUGAUGUUCCAGUACUUUUGGAAGAUGGAACAAUGACAUUCCGUUGGGAAGAUGGACCAGUUUUGAAGGCGAUCAAAAAAGGAGAAUGGAUUCUUUUGGAUGAAAUGAAUCUUGCUUCACAAUCUGUUCUAGAAGGACUGAAUGCAUGCUUUGACCAUCGAAGAGUCUUAUACAUUGCCGAGUUGAAUCGCGAAUUCGAAAUUCCUGCCACAUCAAACUGCAGGUUUUUCGCAUGUCAGAAUCCGCGUGUUCAAGGAGGAAACCGACGAGCUCUUCCAAAAUCAUUCAUCAACCGAUUCACAAACAUCUACACGAACGAUUUGACGAAAAACGAUAUCGAGAUUGUCUUGACUGGUGUCGACGAGAAAAACGUACUCACUGAUGAAACACGAAAAGCAAUGGUUGAAAUCGGUGAACAAUGCGAGAAAGAAUCGGAAAGAGGCAGUUUCAUUGGUGGACCAUAUUCAUUCAAUCUGAGAGAUCUUCUGAGAUGGUAUGAUUUGUUAGCUGUUGAACGAACUCUUGGAGAAGCCUUCGAAUUGGUUUAUAUGGCAAGAACUCGCAGAGAUGAGGAUAAAGAACUCAUGAGAUCAAUUUAUGAAAAGACGAUGAAUGAGAAGUUGAUAACUAGAUCAGUGAUGUUGACAGUCGACGAGAAAGAAAUGAGAAUAGGAAAGUGUGUUUUGAAACGGAAGUCAACUAUUCCUAUCGUUAACAAAAACAGACUUUUGGCAUCACAAUUGAUACUGAUGCAUCGGAUUUCCACUUGCGUCGAACUGAAUUGGCUCACAUUAUUGGUUGGUCCGAGAAAUUGUGGAAAGAGAGCAGUGAUCGAAAACGUUGCGAAUAUCUGUAACAGACCGUUGAGAACGAUUGCAUUGAAUGCUGAUACUGACGCUCAAGAACUCAUCGGAAGUUAUGAACAAGUUGUUGACGAGAACUGCCUUCCAGAUGCGAAGACAAAAAUUGUUGAAAUUCUCCGAAAAAAUCAAGUCGAAGGUGUUCUGAUAGAGAAAGUUCAAAAUACCGAAGACCUGAACAAGUUGGAAGCAACUAUCGAACUGGUUCUCUCUGAAAUUGGAAACAUUGAAGAAAUCAGAGAUGUUCUCAGCAUUGCAAAUCAAAGUUCGAUGCGAUUCGAAUGGACAGACUCUGUGUUUGUGGAUGCCUAUUUGCAUGGAGAUUGGCUACUCAUUGAAGAUGUCAACUUAUGUAGUGCUGCCGUUUUGGAUCGACUCAAUUCCUGUCUAGAGAGCGGUGGAAAACUGGUCGUAGCCGAACGACAGAACUCAUACGAACCACUGGAACCUCAUCCAGAUUUCCGAGUUUUCUUAUCAAUGGAUGCACGAGUUGGAGAAAUUUCGAGAGCGAUGAGAAACAGAAGUGUCGAAAUCUAUAUUGAUGAUGACUCGAAAUGGAACACUUGGCCAGAUGAUGUCAGAGCAGUGAUUGGAUCAAAAAUAUCAACCGAAUUCAGCAGAACAAUUUCUCGCGAUCUCACUGUAGAACAACAACUGCAUUUAGCUGCACUUCUUGAAGAUAACGGUGAAAACUUCUCAACAGAAAUAGCUCUGAAACUAGUAGGUGGGCAUCGAGAUGAUGUAAUGGAGGAAGAUGAUGAAGACGAGAAUAAUUACGCCAUCGUGGAAUCUGAUCAAGCUCCGAAAAUUGUUGAAAUCGGUGGAUUAACUGGACAUUACGAAAAAUAUUUGUUAUCUAGUUGGAGAAGAGCAGCAUCCAUUACAAAAACUUCAAAUUUUGAAGCUAUUCUUAUGACAUUCAUUGCAACCAGUCCGUGGAUUCUUCAUAAUCUUACUGAAGAUCUAAAGACUUUCUUCGGAGAUACUGUAGUUGAUGCUGUUCUAAAGCGGAUCCCAGCACAUGUCCUCAAAACAAACAAGCGUCAUCUCGUGGACGCCGAGUUCUCUUCUGGAUCACCAACAGAUUCCACGUCAAAGUUCAGUAGAGCUAUUAUUUUCGAGUGGAUUCUUCAGAUGAUCACUAAAAUCCCAAUUGAUCACGGAUCAGCAGAACAUUUGAGUAGCACUCUGACGAAAUAUGAAAUAGCCACGUGUGAUGUCACCUUCAACAAUUUGUCGCAGAUUUCUAAUUUGGUUAAAUCUAUCAUUGAGAUGUUCAAAACAACUUCGUCAAUAUCCCACAAAAGCCAUCGUGAAGUUUGUGUCUCCAUUUCAUAUCUUCUUCUCAUUGCUGCUUCUCGACGUAGAAUGACUACAAGAACUGGAUGUGCUGCUAUUUAUUUAGCUUGGAACGAUCUCAAUAACGAAGCAGCAAAGACAUCCGGAUUGGAUAGCACAAAAAGUGUGAGAACAGUUUGCGAUAAAAUCAACGAAGGAUGGACUUCCGAAUCAUAUGAGGAAUUCGUGAACGAGUUUAUUCAUAGAUGGAGAAAGUUUUCAUUUUGCAAGCCGUUUUCGAGCGAAGAGCAAUCACAAUUAUUCGUUAAACAUAUCGAGCAAGUUCUGGGUGAAGAUACUGAAGAGAACGACGUUGAGAUGAUUGAUAACAACAUGGAGGAUGAUGAUGAAACUAGAAAAGAACCUAUCGCCGUUUCUCCGAUUGAACUGUCUUCAAAACUUGUGGAAAGUGUUGAUGCGUUGUUCGAAUUUCUAUCUACCGGAGUUGUCGAUCAGGAAAAUGAAGUGUUCAAAAAGACGAACGUAUUCUCGGGAAUUGAUUGGAAAGAUCAGAAAUCUUCGAAUUGGAUCCGCACAGCUUCUGUAUUCUGUGCAACCGUAGCUGAAUGCAAUUUGAGCGAUGAAGAUACUGAAGAGCAGAAUAUUCUAGUUUCUGAUUUUCUUUCAAUCGGCGGAGGAGCACACUGCAUUGCAACACGUCUCUUCUUCUCAUCUCUUCAUUAUAAUCCAGCUAUGUCAAAUCUCAGUAUGGCUCAUCUUCAAAAGUUCCCAAUCAAGGAACUUGGAACAAAACUUUGGAGACUUGCAGUGAAUUCAUAUGCUUUCCGAAAAUCUUUAAAGCUUUCUCUUGAAAAAUUGGGAGUCGGAAUCGAAGGCUGGACGAAUGGAGAGGCCAAUGGGAUUGAGUGCGGAAUCGAGAUGAUGGAGAAGUCGUUACCACCUAAAGAAACACUCGAUCCUGUUAUCUUCGAAGAAGAACGUGUUCUUUUCAUUAAAGCGAAACGGAGAAUUGUGGAAAGACAACUGAAAUAUCUUGCUGAAUGGAGAGAACUUAUUGGACGACAAUCGUCAGAAUGUGAUGUAUCCUCGUCUCAAGUAGUCAUUCAAGGUUUGAAUAAACUCAAAGAAGAACUCUCUCAACUGGAAAACGAAGAUGGUGAUAAACAAUCUGUGGUUUUCCGCCAAUCUGCAACACAGUAUAAUCAGCUUUGCGCCGAAAUGCGAUCAUUCCUCGAAGUAGCCAAAUCUGCGAUUGACGAUGCGAAGAGUGAUAAUGGAGAACCGAACGACCAAUCUAUGAUCAUUCGAUUGGCAAGAAUCAAGUCGUUCGCAAUGAGUGCUGAAAACUUUAGAAUUAGCAUAUUGCGCAAGUUCGUAUCGUUUGUCGAUGUGUCAAUGCCAUUUGUGUCUGGUCUUCUGAUAGUCGAGAUUGCGUUUAAUGAAAUCGCUUUGAAAUGGAAACAAGAAGCCAAACGACAUCAUGCAACAACUUCUUCAGCAUUCCCACGAUACCUUCAAACGACACCAACAUCUUCUGGUCUUGUGUCUAACGAAGUUACAAAUUGGGCUAUCAGAGAUGGUUCACCAAUGCCACUUCAUCUUAAAUCUGCAGUUGUUCGCAGAAAAUUGGCAGAAAUUGAAAACAAGAAUAGUUCUUCAAUUAUUGAAAUUCAAUGGACAAGAGCACAAUGGAAGAAAUGGUAUGAGAAGAACAUUGCCAAAGCCGAGCAGAAAGAUUUUGUCUAUCGUACCAAAACAGAAGAAGAGAAGGAUGAAAUGGAUAUUGAAGAGUUCUUUACCAACCAAGAACAAGAUUCACAAGUUCUACCAGACUCUGAUGUCUCAAUGCUUUUGGAAGCAAUCGAACAAAAGAAGUUCACUUUGGUUGAUGAGAAGAGUCGUAAACAGUCAGAUGAAAGGUAUGAAAUGGCAAUGGUUUGGAUGCGAUAUGUCAUGAGUGAAGUUGGAGCAAUCUCUAUUGAAGAUGCCACGUGGAAUCAGUGUAUUGAUGGUGAUCAAAAGCUGUUCGAAAUUCUUGCAUCUCACGAGGGUCUAUCUGACGACGGUGAAGUAGAAGACACCAAAGUUGUGGAUGUAUACAGAAAUUCGUCACUUCGAGAAUGUCGUCGAGUAGCAUUAAUUCUGGAAAGACUGGCAUCAAGGACACGAGAAGUAUUGGAGCGAUGGCCUGAAGUUGUUGCUCUCAAAACCAUUAUCACCACAAUCGACGAGUUCUUUACUGUGUCUGUAUCGACACCCCAUAUUAAAGUCGCCACUCAAAUCGAAAACUUGAUCGAAGUUUGUGAGCAAUGGGAAAUGAUGGCUGAUCGGGCGAAUUCUUUGAGAGAUCCACUUGGAGAGUUACGGAAGUUAUUGGUCGACUGGAAGAAGAUGGAAGUUAGAUGUUGGUCAAGUCUUCUUGUUAACUGUGAAAAUGAGGCAAAACAACGUGCCCAGCUUGUCGCUUUCCCACUUUUUGAAUCUCUAUUUAAUGCUUCAACUCCGGAAAUGGAAGCGGCUUUGAUUCCAAUGAGUAUCGAAUGGAUGCACAAUGCCACUCUUGUUGACUUCUCCACUAGAGUUCUUACCGUCGAAUCACUUUCCCGAUGGGCGAGAAUAGCUGGAAAAGAUGUGUUGGCAAAACAAUUGGAAGCGGCUUCAAGACAUUUUGGAAUUUUCAUUGAACGUGUUGACCAGAGAUUGAAAGAUGCUCGAGAACCAGCGGAACGAAGUUUGAAAGAUUAUCUCAAAGUUGUCAAGUACAACGAUUUGAAUCUGUGGAACAUUCGAGUUUCCUCGACCAAAGCUCAUGCUCAGUUAUACAAGAUUGUUCGGAGAUUCAAGGACGCCAUCAAUGUCGAAUUACACGACGAUUUCGGGAUUCUCCAGAAAAUUGACGAGUGGAAACAGAAAGUCUUUGAGCGCGAAGAAAACGUGAUUGACAAAGUUCUUGUUGGAGAGGAAAUUGAGAAAAGAAUCAAGCAAGUGAAGAAGUUCGCUACAGAAAUCACUGAUAAGGUUGCGAUGCUCUGUGAAACAACUGCUAUAGAGGAAUUAUACGAUCAAACUAAAGCUGCCGAUGAAGCCAUUCGUACGAUGAUCAAUUAUAUUGGAGAGGAUGAGGAGAAAGAGAAACAACAGGGAUAUGCGAGAAAUUCUAGACAAAGACAAAUUGCAAUGAUGAUCAAAGAGUCCCAAGCAAUCGGUCUGAAUGCUAGAAAAGCGGUUCUCUUACUUCAAGAAGAUAUUAACAAACGGUCUAUUCUCGGCGUCAUUUCUAAAGAAGAGUGUGAAAAAGAAAUGAGGAUUUGUGCGUCUGGACGAAAUGUUGUCAUCCAAAAGGCUAACAAAAUUGAUCAACAAAUUGGAGUAUCUACUAGGAAACACCUCAGUGGAAUGAUUGAAUACGGAAUGGCAUACAUGUUGUCUCUGCAAACAAAUAUUUCAACUCUGAAAUCUCAAGUUUCCAAAUUACAGUCUCAGUCUGAACAGCUUCAAGCUAUCAGUGAAAAUCAGAUAGUAGGAUGGAUAGUCGAUCACGAAAUUGUUGAAGAACGAGCUGCAAAUGUUACCAAAUUGAUUUCAACUAUCCAAGUCUUCAUUACCUCCAUGAAACGGAGACUAGCUUCCAUUCCAGCUUCUUCAGAUGAGUAUAUUCGAUCGAAGACACAUCUACAUCCACUUUCAAAACUUUCCCAAACCGAUGAAGUCGCUCAGAAGCUAAUCAGUUGGGUUGAGAAGUUGUCGACUCUUGUUGAAAACAUGAAGCGAACAAAUGAUAGGCUGGUAUCUACAAACUCCUCUGUCUACAAAUCAGAUGAUUAUAUUGUUUGGAGAUCGCAGUUGACUGGUGAUUCACUAGAGCUUUCGAACGAUAUUAAUCUGUUUGAUGGUUACUUUGAUUCGGAAAAAAUCCAAAUUUCAAAAUGUUUGGAACAAAUUCCAAUAUGGACGAAAGAAGUUGAUUCAUCCGAUUCUGUCGAAGAAGUUGAUACAGAUAUCACUAAUUUGUUAUUGCUCGUACAAAAGAUCUAUAAGAAAUUGGAGUGUGUGACAAAAGGAGAAGAAGAAAAAUCUCUUGAUCAAAUCAAUGUACUCGUGGAUAUUCUGAAACAAUCCGAUAUUCAGUCUGUUAUUGAAAGCAUCUCUAUUAUUGUUCAAGAACAUUCACAUGGAGAAAAGAGCAGAAAAUAUGUGAGAGGAAUUGCUGAAUUGAGUAUUAUUACUGCAGGAAUUAUCGAAAACAGUGUUGUCCACUUGACAAACUGUCUUGGAAAUUUCUGUGUAUUCUACCAUUCGAUGCUCUCGAUGACCAUGCAACUAUACGAGAAAGGAUAUGUUAAUACGAUUCCGAAAGCCGAGAAACAAGAGUCCGGUGAUGGUCAGACUGACGAUAGUGGAGAAGGAGGAGGAAUCGGAGAAGGUGGAACUGCUAAAGAUGCAAAAGAUGUCACUGAAGAAAUGGAGGAGACAGGUCAGAUCGAAGGUCUCGAAGAUGAGCAGCCAGCCGAUUCCGAAGAGCAUGAAGCAAAGAAUGAUAAUGAAAAGCCUAUCGAUAUGGAAGAUGACUUUGCUGAAGAUCUUCAAGAUAUUGAUAAGAACGAAAAAGGUGAUCAAGAUGAAGGAGAAGAUGAGUCCGAUGAAGAGCCGGAUGUUGAAGAUCAAAUGGGUGACGUUGAGGAAGAGGAGGAGAAACAGUUGGAUCCAAAGAUGUGGGAUGAAGACGAAAAAGAGCAAGACAAGGAGAAGAAUAUGGAUCAGGAACAGCAAGCUGCAGAAGAUCAGACGGAUGAGAUGGUUGCGAAGGAAGACGAAGCACAGACAAAAGAAGAGAAUCAAGAGAAAGAAGGUCAGGAAGAAGAAAAAGAUGAAGGAUGUGAAGAUGAUGAUCAAGAGAACAUGGAUGAAAGAGACAGAGAAAAUGAUGAACGAGCAGAAGAUCAAAUGGAUACGUCAGAACCGAAUAAAGACGAUGAAAUUCCUGAGAAAGGAGAAAUCGAUGAGACCGAAGACGGUGACGAUGGAGAUGAGACUGACAAAGAAGACGAGGAAGCCAUUGAAGGCGAAGGAGAAGAAGAUCAAAGUGAGCAGCAAGAUCUAGAAGAAGUCGAUGAUUCUGAGCAGGCUAACGAGAAGAGAGACGAAAAUGAAGAUGAAGCUCUGGAACAGGGAACAGGAGGAGAGAAGAAUGAUCAAGAAGAGAAUAAAGACGUGACAGAUGGAGGUUUAGCUGAAGAGGAAGAAAAGGAAGAUCAAGAGGAUAAAGAUGAGAAAGGAGAAGGAAAAAGUAAAUCUGAUCCAAAUGGAGAUGGUAGCAAAGGAGAAGCACCGAAGGAGCAAACUGAGAAAGAUGAGAAAGAAAAGAAAGAUGAUGAAGAAGAUGACGAGAAUGUUGAGAGGAAGAGAGAAUUAGCAACUGAUGAUGCUCCGAUGGAAGAAGCAGAAAUGGGAGAUGGUGAAGAGAAUGAAACGGGUCAGCAAAUGGAAAAUGCAGAAGUGUCGAACCGUCAAAUGGUUGGUAAAGGAACGAUCGAAGAAGCUCGUCAGACUAAGAGGGAGGGCAAACGUGAAGAAGAGAAGAAGAAGAAGAGAGAGCUGAAGGAUGCUUUAGAAGGAAUUGCUGGAGAUGAAGGUGGAGAAGUCGACGAUGAUGAAGCUGAAGAAACAAAGGAUGCUCAUAUUCAUAUGGCUGCUCACGACAUGUUUACAGUGAUCGAAGAAACCACAAAAGAUCUGGUGACAGGAAUAAUCGAUAAAACAGAGGAACAUGAGGGCCGAACUCCUGAAAAAUCUAGCAUAAGGCCAAUAAAUGACAAAGCUGAUGAGCAGUGGGCUGCAAUGUCUCGAACGGUCGGAUUGUUGGCUGCUGAACUUGCAGAGAAUCUGAGAUUAAUUCUUGAACCGCAAAGAGCGAAUAAAAUGCAAGGAGACUACAGAAGCGGAAAAAGAUUGAAUAUGCGGAGACUAAUUCCCUAUAUUGCGAGUGAAUAUCGAAAAGAUCGUAUUUGGAUGCGAAGAACGAAAAGAGCUCAAAGAGAGUAUCAGAUCCUCAUUGCCGUGGAUGAUUCUGAAUCAAUGAAUGAGAAUGGAAUUCAUCAAAACACUUGUGAAUCUGUUUGCAUUGUUGAAGAUGCUCUGAGAAGAUGUGACGCUGGUCGAGUCUCUGUCUGCUCGUUUGGUGCCGAUGUCAAUACGAUAAUUCCAUUCGGGGAAGCUUCUGCCAGUAGUAGUAUCGAAAUGCUCAAACAAAUGACGUUCUCACAGAAGAAGACUGAUCUUCUGUUGCUCCUGAAAACAGCUAAGCAACAAUUAGAUGAAAUGCGUACUCCAACAUCUGAACAAAUGUUAAUUGUCAUUUCUGAUGGAAGAGGAGCUCUAUCACAAGGAGCCGAUAAAGUACGAGCACUCUAUUCCGCUCUUCAAGGUGUCACAGUUUUGUUCAUCGUUCUCGAUUCAGGGAAGAAAUCUAUUGAAGACCACACGGUUGCAUCAUUCAAAGACAAUAAAGUGGUACUCACGCCAUACUUGUCGCUGUUCCCGUUCCCAUUCUACGCACUCGUCAAAUCCGUUGAACAGUUACCGUCGGUCAUUGCUGAAUCGAUUCGCCAAUGGUUUGAGAUGACAACGCAACAUACGUAG